AUACAAUUAAAAAGUAACUUAGGGUUACUUUUACUGAUUCUGAUUGGAUACUUAUUUAUUCUUAGAGGGAGGACCUUUGGAAAAGCUUAUUUAUUGGAAGUUCCUGUUUGAGAGAGUAAUUGUCUCUCAUUUAGCUUCAGAGUUCUACUAGAUAGCGUAAGAAUAGUUUUUGUUGGGACGGUUUUGGUAAUUAGAGGAAGUGUAGCAACCUACUGCAAGUGGUAUAUAGCUGGAGAGCCAUACUACAAGCGGUUUAUGGGGUUAGUAUGGUUGUUUGUGCUGUCUAUAGUGUUUAUAAUCUUAGUUCCUAAUUUAGUAAUACUUUUAAUUGGUUGAGAUGGGCUAGGGCUUACCUCAUUCCUAUUAGUGGCUUAUUACCAGAACAAUAAGAGGCUAUCUGCGGCUAUGUUGACAGCUUUGACUAAUCGAAUUGGGGAUGUUCUUGUACUCCUUAGAGUUUCUAUUUUUUUAAGAGAAGGGGGGUGGUUAAUUUAUAUAUACCACCCAGUGCAGACAUGGGUUAAUUUAGGGUUUGUGGUAGUUCUUGCAGGUAUAACUAAAAGCGCACAAAUGCCGUUUUGCGCAUGGCUACCUGCUGCCAUGGCGGCACCCACACCGGUCUCCUCUUUGGUGCAUUCUUCGACAUUGGUGACAGCUGGGGUUUAUUUGAUUCUUCGCUCUUUUUAUAUUAUCAGAGCUAAUCCCUUUGUGACUCAAAUACUUAUAGUCUUAAGACUAUUUACUCUAAUAUUAGCAGGGUCAAGGGCUGUGUUUGCGUUUGACCUAAAAAAGGUAAUCGCACUCUCGACUUUGAGGCAGUUAAGGUUAAUAAUAUUCUCGAUUUCAAUCCUUCUUCCGUCUGUAGCUUUUUUUCAUUUAGUAACCCAUGCGGUAUUUAAAGCUUUGUUGUUUCUAGGUGCAGGGGGUGUUAUUCAUAGAAACCAAAGAAAUCAAGAUAUCCGGGGGUUAAGAAGCUUGUGGCAAGGAUUACCGGUAAGAAUGGGUGCAAUAACGGUUGCAAUUGUGUCCUUGAGAGGGGCCCCGUUUAUAAGAGGGUUUUUCUCUAAAGACCUAAUAAUUGAGCUAAGAAUGAUAGACAGAAGAAUAACUUAUGGGUGCUAUUUAUUAGAGCUAAUAGGUUUAAUCUUCACUUCUUUUUAUAGGGCACGGAUUGUAUUUAGAGUGAUACUUGGGUCUAAUUACGUUAAUAGCAGAAGUUUGCGGACUAAUGAGCACUUAAAUAUACAAACUCCUUUUCUUAGCCUGUAUAUUGGGGCUAUUAUCUUAGGAGGGGUAUUAGGGAGGAAAAUAGAAAGGUUUGGGUUUGUAGUAGUUCUUGAGAAAUAUGAGAGAGUCAGAGUAUUUCUUAUUCCCUUUGUAGGGUUAAUUUUGUGAUGAGGAGUGCUUAGAAAAUUAGGGUCUAAGCCUUGGUCGUCAGCCAAACUAUUAAGAUUCUUUUUGAGAAUGUGGCUCAUAGAGAGGCUAACCUCCCNCCCCGGAAAAAUGGCCUUCUUUAAGGGGUCCAGGACGGUAGCUCAAAGUCUGGAUCAAGGUUGACUAGAGCUAUUGGGUCCUCAAGGUGUCCAUAAGGGACUAGGUCAAUUCAGCUGUUUGAAUGAAAUCGUUCAGAAAAAUUAUUUUACCUACCAGCUGGUAGUAUGAGGGCUGGUGGUAGCGGGGGGCUUAAGCUUAAUUAUGUUUAUAUAA